CUCGCUUCCGGGUUUCACAGGCGGUGCAUACCGCGUGUUUUAACAUCGUUGCGCGGCCACGAAGCGCAAAAAAAUCUGCAAACCCGUCAUGUAUCUUCUUUAACUUUUCCACGCACUUGGCGGGAUACGUGUCUCAAUCCUUCAAAAAUUCACGUCUACAGAAAUAAAAAUAGCGACUUUCUUAUUUUGGAUUCACUUCAAAGAUGAAUUGUUCUGCUCCCUGCUACGAGUACUGUGGAUACAACAAAAUCAAAUUUCUCAUUUUUAUCUGAUUUUAAACUUUUUCACCGGUCUCCAUUUUUAAAUAGCACAUGCGUCACUUCUAGGUUAUGUUGUACGCUCAUAUGUUAGAAAAAACAACGUAUCGAGAGUAAGCAGAGUGAUCCAACGUGAACAUUCCCGAGCAGAAGAAUGUCGGGACGUAAAAAGAAGAACAAGAACAAAUUAUUAGAGAGGAGACCUCGGCGUGUUCUCGACAAGGAGCAAAAGCAUUAUCGGGAGAUGGGCGAGGAAUCCGAUGAAGACGACAAGGCAGAAGAUAUAGAAGAUGACGAGCAGUCGUCGGUCCGGUUUCCCGUGGCUAUGUGGGACAUGGAGCACUGCGAUCCCAGAAAGUGCUCCGGAAGAAAGCUCGCAAGGCAUGGCUUGAUAAAGAUUUUGCGAUUGGGCGCCCGAUUCCCAGGCUUGUGUCUUACUCCAGUCGGCGAUAAGUGCGUGAGCCCAACGGAUUGCGAAAUCGUACGAGAGUACGGUUGCGCAGUUGUGGAUUGCAGUUGGGCACGUUUAGAAGAAACUCCCUUCAAUAAAAUGAGGACGCCUCAUCCGCGAUUACUGCCAUUCCUAGUUGCCGCCAAUCCGAUAAACUAUGGGAAACCCUGUCAGCUGAGUUGCGUCGAGGCAAUAGCAGCUACUCUCAUUAUUACAGGAUUUCCAGAUGAAGCCAAGCUCUAUCUUGGAAAGUUCUCGUGGGGACACUCGUUUCUGGAGUUGAACAGCGAACUCUUGGAAAAAUACGCUCUCUGCAAAAGCAGCGAAGAAGUGAUCGCGGCACAAGAAGAGUAUCUAAAAAAUGCUUGGCAAGAGAAAUUGGAUAGGCCUGCACUUCCUGAUUUUCCGCAAAGCGAUACGGAAUCUGAAGAGGAGGAGGAAAAGAAAGACGAGAAUGCGGCAACAAAAAUAACUGAAGAAUUGGGCGAUAUAAAAAUAUAAAGUAUAAUAAUUAAAGAUGAUUUACUUUUUAAUGAA